AUGAAGUUUUUGUUCGUCGUCGGUGUUUUCCUUUUGGCUACCGUCGCGGUUGGUGCCACGAAUUCAUACGAAAACGUAAUACAAAAAGAAUGGGAUCUUUUCAAGGCUCAAUAUGGUAAAUCGUAUAAGACGCCAGAAGAAGAAUAUUAUAGAAUGAGAAUAUACAUGGAUAACAAAUUGGAAAUCGUCGAACACAAUUUGAAAUUUCUAGAAGGAAAAGUCAGUUACGAAAUGGGAGAAAAUCAAUUUUCCGACAUGACAUCCGACGAAGUCAACGAUUUGUACAACGGUUACAACAAAAUUAAUAGAAUGAAUGCAAAACCUGGAGAAAUUCCAGCUUUGCCCGAAAUGGAUGGAGUGCCGUUCGUUGCAAAAAACGAAGACGUACCCGAUUACGUUAAUUGGGUCGAAGCGGGUGCCGUCACACCGAUCAGGGAUCAGGGAGCUUGCGGAUCGUGUUAUGCUUUUGCCAGCUUGGCUACUCUGGAAAGUAGACUCAUGAUUUACAACAAGACCGAGUUGCAAUUGAGCGUACAAAACGUUCUCGAUUGUUCGGGCGAAUUUGGUAAUUUCGGAUGCGACGGAGGACUCGCGAGAAACGUUUACGAAUACGUUAUGGACAACGAAGGUGUAAACAAUGAAACCGACUACCCGUACGAAGUCCGCGAAGGAAAAUGCAGGUUCAGUUCGAAAAAAUUCACGGCCAAAAUCAAAGACUACGUGUCCGUGUCUUAUUUCGAUGAAGAUGCUCUUAAAGCCGCCGUCGCAACCGGACCCGUUUCCGUUUCCAUGGAUGCCAGUUCUCCAGCAUUUAAAAAAUACAAAGGAGGAGUUUACACGGAUGACAAAUGCAGUUCGAUGAAAUUGAAUCACGCCGUCGUCGCUGUCGGAUACGGUACUGAUCCUGAUACAAAACAAGAUUAUUGGCUCGUGAGAAACAGUUGGGGUACGGCUUGGGGAGAAAGAGGUUAUUUUAAAAUUGCAAGAAAUGCCGAUAACAUGUGCGGACUUGCCACGCGUCCCGUUUUUCCAACUCUUUAA